AUGAGACUGUCACUGCUGCUGCUGCUAAUCCAGUUACUGGCCCUCAGGGUCAGAGGAACUCCUGCCAAACACUGGCGACGGGCCCCAGCCCAUGGGGUUUUUAAUGUGGAUCUCUAUGCGUACAACAAGCCCAGGAUGAACCUGGCAGGCCAUCAGUCUCGAUCGGGUCCGGCUCCGCCCAUGGGUCAACUGCUGGAGCAACUGUCCCAGCACAGUCGUCGAUCCGCCGUCCAGAAGUCCCACUAUAGAAAUCUCGAUGAUGCUGCAGAAGUUUAUUCGCAGUCCAGGUCGAAUGGAAUGGAGGAGCAGCACAAACAAGCGAACAAAACAAUAGAAUCCCAGAUCGUAAACAUGCAAUUAACGCCGUUGCAAAUGAAUUCAAGUCUCAGCAAAGCGCACGCACAUGAAAAUUUAUAUUCGAGCGAGUUCCAAGUGCAGAAUAUAGGGGCCAAGAAAAUUGUGCAAUUGAAUACCCUGUCGUCCAGCCAUGAACGUAAACCAGUCCGAGAACAAGUUAUGGGCCUGGAGCAGGAGGUGCACCCAUUGAAAGUGGAACUGGCACUGCCACAGCUGCCCAUAGAGGAAGAGGAGGAAGGGGAACAGGUGAAUCAACACAAUGGGCCAGUAGAGUCCAACAGAACCAAUGAAGAACAAACUGCCUCCAGCUCGACGACAACGGAAGCCUCGGUAGAUUUGACAGCUCCUGCAAGGGAAUCCCUGGCCAGUGUGAAGAAAACACUAGCCGAGCCGGCGAGCCAGACAAUUAUCGAUAUGGUAUCGACAGGAAUGCAGGAGAUUGUCAGCCAGCUGACAGCGGAGAAUGCCGAUGACAAGGACACAAUGGCUCCGACACAUCCAAGUACAAGCUCAUCGAUUGACAAGCAGAAGCCAGUGAAGGAAUUGGAAACACAAUCACUGGAAAUCAGCACGCGUCGUCCUGUAAGAACCAAGGGCAAAGGCAAAGGCAAGGGUAAGCGACGUCCGGGUUCCCAGCGGCGUCCCUCGACCACUGGCAUGCAGGAGGAAAUUGAAACUACGACAAAUUGGUGGCAGAUACUCCCAUAUGCGGAAAUUAGAACAUUUUUGAAUACGAUUUAUGAUACAAUCACCGACAACGACAACGACAACGAUGCCGAUGAACGAGCCACGGGCGCUGCUUAA